AUGGCUCUUGUUCGUUCUAAUGGGGCUCAAAUGAUGGCUGCUGGAGAUCCAAUGUCAGAAGUGCCGCGCCUUUCCAAUCUUCAGGCUCCUACAAUGGCAUUGUACGGACAUCAAGGGGAAAUUUAUACCGCACAAUUCAGUCCCGACGGAACAUGUUUAGCAUCUAGUGGAUACGAUAUGCAGAUAUUCCUAUGGAAUGUGUUCGGUGAUUGCGAGAACUUUGCUGUUUUGAAAGGACACAAAGGAGCAGUUAUGGACCUUAAAUUCAACACUGAUUCGAGUAUGCUGAUGACGGCCAGUACAGAUAAAACAGUGAGGAUUUGGGAUAUGGAAACUGGCGCAUGCGUCAGAAAAUUCAAAUCGCACACUGACAUUGUGAAUGCACUUCAUCCAUCAAGAAGAGGAGUUCAGUUGGUGGUUAGUGCUUCAGACGACGGAUCGCUCAAGGUGUUUGAUAUUCGCACAAGAGAGCCGGUGAAAAAUUAUGCGAAUAAAUAUCAACAAACUGCUGUUACCUUCAAUGAUACCACUGAUCAGAUUUUCUGCGGAGGAAUUGACAACGAAAUAAAAGGCUGGGAUAUGCGUCGUGACGAUAUUGCAUUGUCCCUGCAGGGACAUCGUGAUACAAUCACUUCAAUUGCAUUGUCACCGAAUGGAAACUUCAUCAUUUCGAAUGCAAUGGAUUGUUCGGUGAAGCAAUGGGACAUUCGUCCAUUCGCGCCCGGUCAACGGCUCGUCAAUACCUUCUACGGGCACCAGCAUAACUUCGAGAAGAACUUGUUAAAAUGCUCUUGGUCGCCUGACAAUCGCUAUAUAAGCGCCGGCUCUUCUGAUCGUUUUGUAUACGUGUGGGAAGUGCUCACAAAGAAGCUCGAAUUCAAAUUGCCAGGACACUUGGGAAGCGUCAACGCAACGGAUUUCCAUCCAAACGAACCAAUUUUGCUCUCCGCCGGCAGCGAUAAGAAGCUUUUCCUAGGAGAAAUUGAUAUGAGCUAA